CGUCCCCUCUAUCUUCGUUGGGAUCUGCUCACUUUUCUUGCAUUUUUCAAAUAUUGCCAGUGGGUGGUGGAGUCAGGCUCUGACCAGGGGUUUAGUUACUCUUUAAUGAUGCUGUAAAUACUAACCAUUUAACCGAUAAUCCAUACGUCUCUACUCGCUAUCGUAGGGCCAUUUAAGCCCCGCCCAAAUAAUCCUGAAAAAAGAGAUGCGUCUUUAUAAAGUGUUUCAGCAAUACAUUUCUAACAUUUAUUAUGUGUUUAGAAACAAUUCCCUCAAAUGACUUUUUAAUAUAAAAAUAUUGAAUGCUUUAUGGGCCAGUGGAUAAGUCUGCCUUUAUCUGAAUCCUUUAUCUUAUCCAGCCCUUGAAUAAAGCCGUAGAUAUAUAUUAUUAUCCCUCUCUAAAUGUAAAUAUCCCAUGACUCAUCUCCAUGUGUGUGAUUCUGGUCCUGAACAUAAUUUCCCCAUAUAGAGGCUUUGAGUCAUAUGAAGAAAUCCACUAAUGGCUUCUGUAAAGUUAAACACAGGCUGCUGGUGUCAGGUGAUCUCUGUUGAGAGUUCAAAUGAUUGAGGUCUCUCUUGAUAAAGCAUCAUUAUUUUACAGGAGAGAGGAUUAACAGGUUUUUAUCUAGGAUUAUAGUACUGGCCUCUGGCUAGGUUUUCUAAUGGGUGUGGGUUUAUAGUUAAAGCUUAAGCACCCUUCUGAAAGCCCUCAGAUCAACGCUGGAUCAUGGGAAGUUCGUAGAUGGUAGUGUUUUCACACGGCAGGUCUUGCUGAUGAUUUGUUAUGAAGAAACUUGCACAGAUUUUUAAUGAAAGGAAUAUCCAAAUGAAGAUUGCAGAGUUGGAGACAACUACUGGACUGAAAAAGAUGCAAGAGGAGUUUUCACCUGAACAGGAUCAUUUGAUCAGCAUUGUAAGUAAUGGACAGCGUGGGAGAAUCGAGGAACAGCGCUGUUCAUUGGGUCCAAGAACAUCUCCACAAGCUCCGGUCUAUAGCCCAGAUCCUGAUGAGAUUUAUAAGCUUCUGCUCAACAGUCAGAGCCACCGAUUAGACGAGCAACGGGUGAUGCUUAAUUCAUCACCAGGGAUGGAGGCAUUCACCAUGAGAGAGCCAAAAGAGGCAAAUGCAUUGAAAAUAAGCUUUGAUCAGAUCUGCAACAUGGUCAGCCGCACUCAUAGUUUCAGGAGACGGACCCCUCCAAAAAAAUUUCGGACCCCUGAGUCACCAGGCUCUAUGAAAAGGGCAAGCUUCAGUUUCACCAAACCAACUCAACAUUGUGAUGACUCUUUUAACAAGCUGCCAUCUAGAUCAACCUCUUUCAGCCCAGACAAAGACAGAACAGAUUAUGAAUGUUUUCAAGGUGAACAGGACAAACUCUUUUGUCUAGUUAGUGAAGCUCAGCGUGGACGUAUUGAGGAUCAACGCUGCUCCAUCAACCCCUUAUCACAUUCAACCAGCCAUAUAGAUAACAUACAGUCAGAUAAACAUGCUGACCAGUUUUUUACACUUAUUGCCAACACCCAGAAUCGACGGUUAAAUGACCAACGGGCAACACUUCCAGCGACGACAUCUGAUAUAACUGGUCAGGAAUCUGAUCAACUCUUCAACAUCAUCUCCAGACUACAACAGGGCUUACGGAUUGAUGAUCAACGCUGCUUCGCUCCCCAAAUCCAACUGGGCUCUCCUACCCCCCCGAGAAAGUUUCAAUCACGACCUCUAUCUGAAUCAGAGUCAACCAGGAGAUCAACAUCUUUCAGUUCAGUUUCUGAGGAUCACGGUUCUGAUCAUGACCAGUUUUUCUCCCUGAUCCAUCAUGCACAGCAAAGACGAAUGGAUGACCAGCGAUGCUCGUUUGAACCCAGCAAACAUAGUUCCUUCAUUCCAAUAAGUCCAAACACUACACCCAUAGGGUUCAAGCCUUUCAGCACUGGGAAUCAAAGAGAGCGAAAUCCACAGAUCAUCCUGACCCCCGCAUCACCUGCUACACCCAAAAAACCUGAUUCCAGACCCGCAUCACCCAUCCUGAUGCUUUGUGACUCUGAACCUCUUCCCAGAUCUGCCUCAUUUUGCCCUGUGUUGGAGAAAGAGAGGUUAUUGAAUGAUGACAUGCCCAUGCAGAUAACAUUUCAAAUUUCCAUGCGCCUCCCUCCACACGAAUCGUGUCAAUCUCCCGAAGUAUUUCUCACAAUCGGACAACCAGGGGAAACUAUUGUACUUCCUCUCAGUUUCAAACCUGGCAGACCUGUCUCCCUUAACGUGAACCCACAUAAAAAGCAUCACUCCAGGUCCACAUCUCCUCACGGGUCGCCUGCAAGACAAGAACGUGGAAGACCGUCACCUCUAAAUCCAGAAAAUCCAGGACCAUUCAACCCACACGAGGACUACUUCUCUCUGAUCCAGAGAUGUCACAGUACUCAGCUACAACAGAACAAUGAACAGAAAAGAGCAGAGAUGAACAGAGAGGCCAAGAACGAAAAAGGAAAAAAUAGUGGUAGGAAAGAGAAAAAAAGAAGGAAAUAAAGAAAAGAAAAAAUCAGAUGCAUGUUUAACUUAUUUAUCUCAGUUAAUGCUGGCUUUAUAUUAGCUAUGGAUAAAUAUCUAUGCUUUUACAGAAUUUACUUUUUCUGUACUGUGCUUCAUGCCUCGGGUAA